AUGGAUAGCGACAACGAUAGCAGCGGCCUGUCAGAAGCGCCAGAGGAGGAGAUCAAGAAACUAGCACCCAUCUUCCAAAAAGCGAAGAAAGCGACAAAGCUCAAAUUCCCUCCACCACACGUCUCCCCUCCUAGGCCGAAAAGACCGCCGUCUCCAGCGCAUGAGGAUGCCUUUGCGGAUAAUCCUGAUAUUGCUUUCCUCGUCAUGUUCCGAUCACGCUUCAACGACGUCUUGCCCGCUAAGCUGAUGAAUCUCGGACCGCAGGAUAUUGAGAGGGGUGUCACGGAUCAGCCUUCUAGUCCUGAGGUUCAGAACUUGUUGUGUGCGAUCCUGGGACUGGUCAACAACCGGAAGAAACCUGUUGAGCGAGGACACCAUGGACGUGCUCUGGAGGAAGCUGUGCUGUCGCACAAGGCACAAUGGCCGCAUAGCUGGAAUGGCGUCAAUCCUCUGCAUGGCCCAAGAGACUUCGACAUGAUGUCGCCGACCGAGCGCCUCAACCUCCUCCGCACCCUCUGCAUCUGGUCUCUCAUGACCUCAGAAACCGCCUCAGCCCUAGUCAAAGACCGCUACAAGCAGUCACGGCAUAACGAUGACGAGAACCAGCCACUAUCUGUGCAACCAUGGGGCGUGGACGGCGAUAAGAGGCGAUACUUUCUGAUACAAGGUUUAGAAGAUACACACUUCAGAAUCUACCGGGAAGGCAGCAGGUACAAUAGGAAUGCACACUGGUACAGCGUUGCCGGAGAUAUUGAAGAGGCGAGAGCUCUGGCUAAGAAGCUCGAGGAGGUGGACGGAACCCAGGCUGCUAGGCGGCUGGCUACCAAAAUCACGAAUGCGUUACCCAUGUUCGAGGCUUCUGAGGAGAAACGUCGGCGACGCGAGUAUCGUCAAGUCAAGCGGGCCGCUUUCUCGCGACCAGAGCCUGGAUUCUCUCUCUACGAAGGUCGCACCCGAGGCAAGCGAAUGCGAUACACCUACGACGAUGAUGAGCAAGAUCUCGACUCCGAUGCCGGUUCCGCUCGACGGUCUGCAAGGACCAGUGCACGUGCUACACCACUCUCAGAUGGUCCGACAUACACGGCUAGCGGUCGGCAGAUUCGCCAGCCAAGACAGGGACAUUAUGGUGAGAGUUUGCUACGAAAUGGUGUUGGUGUGGAUGGCACUGAAGACGAAGGCGAUGAGCUGGCACCCGCGUAUGGAGCUAGAGCUGAUGAUGAGGACUCGGAUGAACCGCCUACUACUCUCGGACGGGCGACGCGCUCAGCUGGUCGGCCAGCGAAUGGUGCGAGUAAUCCUAAAAAGAGGAAGCACAUUGAUGGCUAUAACGAGAUUGACGGUAUGAGCGAUGAGGAAGAUGCCGCCCCUAGUGGUGACGAGUGGGACAGUGAUAAGAAUGAGGAAGACAAGGACAUGCCCGAUGCUGAUGAUGGUGACGAUGAGUCAGUCGAGGCGGACGAUGAAGAGGAUGAGGAGGAUCCGAGCUUAGUCGUUCGGCUCAAGGUCUCGCCUGCAGCUCUGCAACAUCGCGACCUGCCGACACAUUCUGCUGCCAAGCGCGAAGACGGGGACACUACUCAAGCAGGCGCCGCCGCUUCUGACGAGAGCGAUAGGAAAGGUCUCUCGACUGGGUAUGUGCCAGUGAUGCAACAGCACCACACCCUCAUGGCUACGCCGCCAUCCGCAGCAUCAGCCUAUCCGACGCCAGCCUCUGCAUCUUUCCCAGGACCAAAGGUCGAAGCGGCCGUAGCUUCGAUCUUGGAUAGCAAGUCCUUAGAUCCGGACACGGACAUGAUGCCUGCUGCUCACGCGAAUGGUGUGCAAGCCGGCACGAACGGGUAUUGA